CGUUGUAAAGGCUGCUGCGCCCCUGGAACACUAGUAGUAGUAGCACUGCACCACUAAACAAGUGAUUAGCCCAGCUAAUUGUUGGAGUAAGUAGCGAUGUAUAUAUAUAAUCACAGGGAAAGCAAUCGCAGGAGGAGCAUGGUCAUGGUGGCCGUGGCUGGUAAGUAGUAUUAUUAGUGCGUUGAAGUGAAGAAAAGAGGUGCAAAGAUCAGAGAGAGAAGAAAAGAGGCCCGUCUAGAGAGAGAGAGAGAGAGAUGCAACAUUGACAUUGCAGUUUGCAAGCAAGGAGAAGGCGGCUUUGUGCAGAGAAGAGAGAGAGAGAGGGAGAGGGAGAGGGAGAGAGAGAGAGAGAGAGAGUUAAUAAUAUCCCAUCAUUCACGCGCCACGGCAUCAUUUGGCAACUCCUCUCUUCGAUUCCACAUUCCCCUUCUUCUUUAAUUGCUCCGUUUUAAUCCCUCUCCUCCUCACCAACCGCUGGUAUAGUAGUGGUUAGCAGCAGCAGCAGCAGUCGCCGGGCAGUGAUACCACCGCUGUUCUUUCUUUCUUUCGUUCUCCUCUCCACGGUCGCGGUUGCUGCAGCUGCGGUGCUCUCUCCCGGCACGGCACGGCAGGAAGCUGCCCUGCUUCUCGUGGCGUGUGCGUGCGCGUGUGCAUGGGAAGGAGGAGGAGGAGGCUCUGAGGAAGGGAGGAGAGGGGGGAGAAGAUGAAGUUCAUGAAGCUGGGCUCCAAGCCCGACGCCUUCCAGUCCGACGGCGCCGACGUCAGAUAUGUGAUUUCGGACCUUGCAACAGAUGUCAUUGUGCAUGUCAGUGAAGUCAAAUUUUAUUUACACAAGUUCCCACUUCUAUCCAAGAGCAGCAAGCUUCAGAGGUUUGUUAUUAAGGCCACCGAGGACGGGACUGAUGAGGUCCACAUAGAUGGCUUUCCUGGAGGAGCAACAACGUUUGAAAUAUGUGCUAAGUUCUGCUAUGGGAUGGUUGUUACCCUCAGUCCCCACAAUGUUGUUGCAGCAAGAUGUGCAGCAGAGUACCUUGAAAUGACCGAAGAUGUGGAAAAGGGGAACUUGAUAUUCAAAAUCGAUGUCUUCAUAAAUUCCAGCAUCCUCCGUAGUUGGAAGGACUCUAUCAUUGUUCUCCAGAGCACAAAGGCACUAUUACCAUGGUCUGAGGAGCUGAAGGUCAUCGGCAGAUGUAUAGAUGCUAUUGCUUCAAAGACAUCUGUGGAUCCAGCUAAUGUAACCUGGUCUUAUAGUCACAGCAAGAAAGGAAUGGGCUGCACUGAAAUAGUUGAAUCAACAGGAAGAACAUCAAUAGCUCCUAAAGACUGGUGGGUUGAGGACUUGUGCGAACUUGACGUUGACCUUUACAAGAGAGUAAUGGUUGCCGUCAAAUCCAAGGGGAGAAUGUCACCUGAAUUGAUAGGGGAAGCCCUUAAAGCAUAUGCAGUUAGAUGGUUGCCAGAUUCUUAUGAUGCCUUGGUUGCUGAGGAUUACAUGAGAAGGAACCAAUGUUUGGUUGAGACUAUAAUUUGGUUGUUGCCAUCAGAUAAGACCUCAGGUUGUUCUUGCAGGUUUCUCUUGAAACUGUUGAAAGUUGCUAUAUUGGUUGGAGCUGGGCAACAUGUGAAGGAAGAACUUGUGAGGAGGAUUAGUUUCCAGUUGCACAAAGCUUCUGUUAAGGAUCUCUUAUUACCUGCUGCUUCACCCAAUGAUGGUGCACACGAUGUUAAGUUAGUCUAUAAUCUUGUGCAGAGAUUUGUUGCAAGGACCGCAAUGUCUCACAAUGGUGGUUUUAUUGAGAAAUCUGAUGAUAAAAUGAUUGAGCUUAACUUUGAACAAGAAUCCACCUUGGCUUUAGGAGAGCUCGUUGAUGGCUAUCUAUCUGAAGUAGCUUCAGAUCCAGACCUUUCACUGACUACUUUUGUCGAACUAGCAACAGCAGUUCCAGAAGCAGCUAGACCAGUACAUGACAGAUUGUACUCAGCAGUUGAUGCAUAUCUCAAGGAGCAUCCAAACAUAAGUAAAUCCGACAAGAAGAAGAUCUGCGGUCUGAUAGAUGUCAAGAAGCUUUCAACGGAUGCAAGCAUGCACGCCACCCAAAAUGAUCGCCUACCUCUCCGGUUGGUGGUGCAGGUCCUCUUCUUCCAACAGCUGAGGGCAGGCUCCAGCAAUGCUCUUGCUCUAACUGACAGUGGGGUUCACUCUUGCGCAAAGCCACCAAUGCAAGAUCAAAGCGACAUUUGCGAAAGACGGAUACCAAGGCAUCCGAACUCGCUGAGCAAGCAAGCGACCAGCCUAAGUGCGAGAGAGGUCGAACACCGGAACAGCGAGCACAGGGGGGGCAGGAACAGCUUCAAGGACCAGCUGGGAGGCUUCCUGCUGCAGUCAAGGUCCAGGAGGAUAUUUGACAAGCUGUGGAGCAGCAAGGGGCAGGGGGAGAAUGGCAAAGGUUCAGAGACUUCAGGUAGCUCACAGAGCCCGCCAUUGUCGGCGAAGCCUGUAGAUGUGAAGCCCUCUCCCCUCCCACCUCUUAGGAACAGGAGGUAUUCUGUUUCAUAGGGUUCUUGUGACUUGUUUUGCUCUCGUAAUUUAGCUCUGGGUUAGGUUGUACAGAAAAGAUAAGUUACCAGCUGGCUGCACAUCAUUUUUGUGUUGCUCCUUGCUCAAUCGGUGAAGAGAAAGGGAGGGUAAGGGUGUAAGCACUAAGCAGUUCCACCUGCUGCUUUCUGUAUGUUUAUCCAAGUUGUAGCUUACCAUAGUGUCAUCUUGACCUGAGGGAGAUUUGCUAGUGUCUUCUUGGAAAUGUCUCUGAAGAACAAGCCACAAAUGUUCUUGAGAUUGGUGUUUAA